ACAUAGAUGCAUACAUUUCACUCUUUAUAUCCCAUCUAUAUAUAGCUUGCGUCUUAGCUCCCAUCGCCAUAGCAUUCAACUCCACACAACACUUACUACCCACAACUCGCCAGACAAAUUUAAAGGAAUCAAUAAUUCCAAUAGUCUCUCUUUCACUUCUUGUUCUUGGGUUCUUUCAAUGGAAGCGUUUAACAGGAGCUCAUCCACUUCUUCUACAUCGUCCGAUUCAUCUUCGUCGGAGUCUUCGUUCUCGGCCGGCGGAAAGGCGGCGAGAGAUGGGAAAAGGGCGGAGAGGAUUAAAGGGCCGUGGAGUGCGGAGGAGGAUAAGAUCCUUACUCGCCUCGUGGAACGGUACGGGCCACGAAAUUGGUCGUUGAUUAGUAAGUAUAUAAAGGGCCGGUCCGGGAAGUCUUGCCGGCUCCGGUGGUGUAACCAGCUCAGCCCCAGUGUGGAGCACCGGUCCUUUUCUCCGGCGGAGGAUGAGACCAUCUUGGCCGCCCAUGCAAAAUACGGAAACCGGUGGGCCACCAUUGCCCGGUUGCUCCCCGGUCGGACCGACAAUGCCGUCAAGAAUCACUGGAACUCCACCUUAAAGAGAAGAUACCAACACCAGAAUCAGAAUCAGAACCAAAGUCAAACGUUCGAUUUCGCCGAGGUUACCGACGCUAAAAGUAGCCCGUCGGGAUCCGUGUUUUUCGGCUUGGAAAACUCUACAUUAUGCAUGAAUAUCAACGCCGGAGAGAGUCCCAGAGUAAAUACGUUGAGUCAUUGUGACGAAGAGUAUGAUCCGAUGACAACUUUGUCCCUGGCGCCGCCGGGAAUGGGCGGACACGAACUGCCGGAGAGACGGACGGAGAGUUUACCGGCGGGGUUCUGGGAUGUGAUGAGGGAGGUGAUUGCUAAGGAAGUAAGGGAGUAUGUUACGUCGUCGUUUUCUGGGCCUUCCACUGGGUUUCAUUAGGAUGAAUGGAUGAUGAUUAUAGUAAUGUUUGUUGCUUGUUAAUUAAUCUCAUCUUGUCGGCUUUCAUAUUAAAUUACAUAAAUUAAAUCAAUCAGUUGGUUCAUAGUGUUUUAAUUUGGUAAACAUGUUGGUGCCAAAUCUGGAAAUUGAAAACCACCACCUUAAUAUUUGUAAAA